CCGGCUGAGGGGAGGAGAGAGGACCCGGCGACCGCAGUGUGGGUCACGCAGCCUUUCUGAGUGGACGCGUCUCGGAGGGAGCGAGAACAGCGACGGGAAAACAGCAUGUGUGGGCGUCCUACUAUGGAGACUCGGGAAAGGUACUUGGCGCCAGCGUCGAGAAGCGCUUCCCAAGGACGUUUACCCGCGCACCAGGCAAAGGGGACGUGUCUCCGCGGGCGAAACUGGAAUGCUAUCCUUCCGUAAAGCUCGGGCCUCCGGCUCCGUCGGUUUUCCCUCGGAUGCGCCUUUGUGGAUUUACUAGGGGUCGUUUUGUCAUUCCUCGUUCCUCUCUUGCGCUCUCUAACUUAAAAAAAGAAAAAGAAAAAAGGAAGGCUUUGCUUCUCCUUUGGAUAUAUGAACCGCUAAAAAUUAAAGCCGCAUCUGUGUUGAGGUUGGAAAAACAAACAAAAAAAAACCGGACCUAUAAACCACUGAGGUAGGUGUCUGGCCUUGCCAACGCUUUUUCUACAUAAAGUCUGCCCGUUCCUUCCAUUUCAUACUACUUGCCCUUUGUUUUGUUUUUUUUUUUAAACCCCCCCCCCCCUUCUCCUUCGCGCUCACGCUGGUCACUGAAAAUACACCACCCCUCCAGCCAAGUAAAUGGAAAAGCAAGACAGUGUGUUGCUUAACCCAGGGUAGGGCCAGCUCUGCUUUAGCCCAAUACGGACCUCUCCCCCUCCCCCCACUUUUCACUGCUCCCCGCUUCUACUCCCCGAUAGCCGCCGUCACCCCGCGCCCCUCUCCACACCCCCUCCCCCCGGACGAUGCUGAAUUAUGAACGUGCCACACCAUGAGUCUGCUGGGGCGGGUAGCUGUGCGCCGAGCCCUGCUCUGUGUCGUCUUCCUCGCGGUGCGAGCGAGCACGGCCGCGGCGGCGCCGGGAGGCGCGGCGGGGGUCCAGGGCUGCCCGCCCGUCUGUUCCUGCAGUAGCCAGCUCAGCAAGGUGGUGUGCACCCGCCGCGGCCUGACCCGCGUGCCGCCGGGCAUCCCCGCCAACGCCCGGCACCUCAACCUGAUGGAGAACGCCAUCGAGGCGGUGCAGGCCGACUCCUUCCGCCACCUCCACCACCUGGAGGUGCUGCAGCUGGGCCGCAACGCGAUCCGGCAGAUCGAGGUUGGCGCGUUCAACGGCCUCAGCGGCCUCAGCACCCUGGAGCUCUUCGACAACCGCCUCACGGUGGUGCCCAGCGGCGCCUUCGAGUACCUGUCCAAGUUGCGGGAGCUGUGGCUCAGGAACAACCCCGUCGAGAGCAUCCCGUCGUACGCCUUCAACCGCGUACCCUCGCUCAUGCGGCUGGACCUGGGCGAGCUGCGCAAGCUCGAGUAUAUCUCCGAGGGGGCCUUCGAGGGUCUGGUCAACCUCAAGUACCUUAACCUGGGCAUGUGCAACAUCCGAGGCGAGAUACCCAACCUGAGCCCGCUGGUGGCGCUGGAGGAGCUGGAGAUCUCGGAGAACUUCUUCCCAGAGAUCACGCCAAGCUCCUUCAGGGGACUGGCGUCGCUCAGGAAGCUGUGGGUCAUGAACUCGAAUGUGGCGCUCAUCGAGCGCAACGCGUUCGACGGCCUGGCCUCGCUGGCGGAGCUGAACCUGGCCCACAACAACCUGAGCUCCCUGCCCCACGACCUCUUUGCCCCGCUGAGGCACCUGGUGGAGAUACACCUCCACCACAACCCCUGGAACUGCGGCUGCGACUUGCUGUGGCUGGCGGGGUGGCUGCGUGCCUACAUCCCCACCAACUCCACCUGCUGCGGCAGGUGCCACUCGCCGGCGCACAUGCGAGGCCGGCAGAUAGCGGAGGCCGAUCGGGGUGAGGCGGGGGCGAUGCAGUGCUCCGCGCCCUUCAUCGCCGAUGCCCCGAGGGACUUGAACAUCUCCGCCGGGCGCGUGGCCGAGCUGCGGUGUCGGACGGCGGCCAUGUCGUCGGUGCGGUGGCUCCUGCCGGACGGCGCCGUGCUCACGCACGCGUCCGCCCGCCCUCGGGUGACCGUGCUCAACGAUGGGACUCUCAACUUCUCCGCCGUGCAGCCGGGAGACACGGGCAUGUUCACCUGCAUGGUGUCCAACGCGGCCGGGCGCUCCAAUGCCUCCGCCUACCUGAACGUGAGUGCGGCGGAGCUGAACACAUCCAACCUCAGCUACUUCACCACCGUCACGGUGGAGGUGACGAGCACCGUGUCCGAGGCGCCCAAGUCCAAGGCGGUGGCGGCAACGGACGCGGCGGGCGUGGGCGCCUCCACUACCACGGCCUCGCCCUCCGCCUUCCAGCCAGUCUUCAUCUCCACGCCCACGGUCCUCCUCCAGAGCACCAACGCGCCGCCCGGAUGGCCUUCGGCCGCGCCGGCCUCGAAGAAGACGACGGGCAAGCCGCCCAACCCCGCCGGCACCAGCCUAGACGAGGUGAUGAAGACCACCAAGAUCAUCAUCGGCUGUUUCGUGGCAGUGACGUUGCUGGCGGCGAUCAUGUUAAUCGUCUUCUACAAACUGCGGAAGCGGCAUCAACAGAGGAGCACGGUGGCCGCGGCCAGGACUGUGGAGAUUAUCCACGUGGACGAGGAAGACCUCCCGCCGCCUGCGUCUGCUGCCAGUAUACCGGGAGAAGGGCCACUGACCUUACCUGAGAUAAGGGACCACAACAACAUUCACAAAUUGGACUACAUUACCCACAAGUCAGACCACGGCUUCCACAAGCCUAAAACGGACUACAGCACUUGCAAACUCAAGUCAGAUUACAGCGUCCACAGACCCAAACCCGACUUCAGCACCUACAAACCCAAAUCAGAGUACAGCAUCCAGAUCCCCAAGAUGGACAACUACGCCACACACAAGCCCAAAUCGGAUUAUAACACGUAUAAAGCAUCCAUGGACUACAGCCCUCACACAUCGCCGUCAGACUACACUCACAGAUCAUUGCCCGAUUAUCACGUACACAAAAAACCCGACCAGAGUCCUUACAAGCCUGCGUACGCCACUCACAAGCCUGACUACAAAUCCCAAACUGUCAAACCGGACUUCAGCCCUUUUAAAGCAGAUUACAGCAUUCACCAACCCAAAAUGGACUAUAGUACGCACAAGCCCAAAAACGAUUUCCCUCCCCACAAAGCCGCCACCGACUACGGCCCCUUCAAGAUGGAUUGCGCUCCUUUCAGCACGGACUACGGCGCGUUUAAGGCCGCCUACAGCCCGCUCGGGGCGGAGUACGUCGGCCACAAAGCGGACCACAAGCCCAAAAUGGAUUACAGCCCCUGCAAAGAGGACUACAGCCCUCAUAAACUUGACUACAGCACUCUGAAGACCAAGUACAACACCUAUAAGCCAGGAGGACACGCAGCUAAAUGGACGGAGCCCAGCGGCGUGGGGAACUCCCUCCCCCGGACCUUGCCCAGUGCCGUUAGCCCCAUUCCUGAGCCCUUCAUCAUAAAGACACACACAAAAGAGAAAGUACAAGAGACUCAAAUCUAGCCCUCCACGAGCCCUUGCCCACGGGGUCGCACUGGCCAAGCUUGCUAGCCCCUACCCACAACCCCACCAGUGGCCCUCCCUGAUAAAAACAUGCAAUAGGAUGCACCGAGAUGGAUAAUAAAAAAAACAUUUAAAAAAAA